AUGGAAGACCACAUGUUUAGCGUUCAGCAAAUCCAACCCAACGUCAUUUCUGUAAGACUGUUCAAACGCAAGGUAGGAGGCUUGGGCUUCCUGGUGAAAGAACGGGUGAGCAAGCCCCCCGUGAUUAUCUCUGAUCUGAUCCGGGGUGGGGCGGCCGAGCAGAGUGGUCUUAUCCAAGCAGGCGAUAUCAUCCUUGCAGUCAAUGGCCGGCCCUUGGUGGAUCUGAGCUAUGAGGGUGCCCUGGAGGUUCUGAGGGGUAUUGCCUCAGAGACUCACGUGGUCCUCAUCCUGAGGGGCCCUGAGGGCUUCACUACUCACCUGGAGACUACAUUCACUGGUGAUGGGACCCCCAAGACCAUCCGAGUGACCCAACCCCUAGGCCCAGCCACCAAAGCAGUGGACCUGUCCCACCAGGCUGUGCCCAGCAAAGAUCAGCCUCCGGGGCCAGACAGUGCUGUGGCUCUCCAGAGUGUGCCCCAGUACCCCAGGGGAAAUGAUCAAGAAGACAAUUCCCUGGCACAAACCAACGGCAUGUUACCUGACCGGAAAGGGGAGGACCCCAUGAAGAAAACUACCUUGACCAGCCUACACGGUGGUGGAGAAAGCAAUGACCUUCUCCGAGAGAUCCAGCCAGUGCUGAACCUGCUGACCAGUGGCAAGAAGGAAAUCAACGGAGGAGGGUCGCACAAGAUAGAGACAAAGGAUGCAGAGGUCCAGGCAGACAGAGACUUGGAAGGAAAGUCCCAUAAGCCUCUUGCACUUGGGAUGGAGAAUGAUCGUGUCUUCAAUGACUUGUGGGGAAAGAACAACAUGCCUGUUGUCUUGAACAACCCAUAUUCAGAAAAGGAGCAGCCCUCAACCUCGGGAAGACAGUCACCAACCAAGAAUGGCAGCCCUACCAAAUGUCCUCGCUUUCUCAAAGUCAAGAACUGGGAAACAGAUGUGGUCCUCAAUGACACACUCCACCUCAAGAGCACCUUGAACACAGCUUGCACUGGGCAGAUCUGUAUGGGUUCCAUCAUGUUCCCCUCCCAACACAUACGGAAGCCUGAGGAUGUCCGGACUAAAGAGCAGCUCUUUCCCUUGGCCAAAGAGUUCAUUGAUCAAUACUACUCAUCUAUAAAGAGGUUCACCUGGUUCAAGGAACUGGGGCUGAAGUGGUAUGGUCUGCCGGCCGUAUCCAGCAUGCUCCUGGAGAUUGGUGGCCUCGAGUUCAGCGCUUGCCCAUUCAGCGGCUGGUACAUGGGCACUGAGAUCGGUGUCCGUGAUUACUGUGACAACUCACGCUAUAACAUUCUCGAGGAAGUGGCCAAAAAGAUGAAUUUGGACAUGAGAAAGACUUCCUCCCUGUGGAAGGACCAAGCACUGGUGGAGAUCAACAUUGCUGUGCUCUACAGUUUCCAGAGUGACAAAGUGACAAUCGUUGACCACCAUUCGGCCACCGAGUCCUUCAUCAAGCACAUGGAGAAUGAGUACCGCUGCAGAGGGGGAUGCCCAGCUGACUGGGUCUGGAUCGUUCCCCCCAUGUCUGGCAGCAUCACACCUGUCUUCCACCAGGAAAUGCUCAACUAUCGACUCACGCCAUCCUUUGAGUACCAGCCGGAUCCAUGGAACACUCAUGUCUGGAAGGGUACUAAUGGGACCCCCACAAAAAGGAGAGCCAUUGGCUUCAAGAAGUUGGCUGAAGCUGUCAAGUUCUCAGCUAAGUUGAUGGGUCAGGCCAUGGCCAAAAGAGUCAAAGCCACCAUUCUCUAUGCCACUGAGACGGGCAAAUCUCAAGCCUAUGCAAAGACCUUAUGUGAAAUCUUCAAACAUGCCUUCGAUGCCAAGGUCAUGUCCAUGGAAGAAUAUGACAUUGUACACCUCGAACACGAGACGCUGGUCUUGGUGGUCACUAGCACCUUUGGCAAUGGAGACCCUCCAGAGAAUGGGGAGAAAUUUGGCUGUGCUUUGAUGGAAAUGAGGCACCCGAACUCUGUGCAGGAGGAAAGGAAGUCCCCGGAACCCUUGCCUUUCUUUCCCCGUAAAGGACCACCACCUCCCUAUGACCCAACGGAAGUGUGCAACCUGGCUGCCAUCCGGGACAGUCAGGACAGGAGCUACAAGGUCCGUUUCAACAGCGUCUCCUCAUACUCAGAUGCCCGAAAAUCUUCCAGCGAUGGACCAGACCUGAGAGACAACUUUGAGAGUGCUGGGCCCCUGGCCAAUGUGAGAUUCUCGGUGUUCGGUCUUGGCUCAAGGGCGUACCCCCACUUCUGUGCCUUUGGCCAUGCAGUGGACACCCUCUUAGAAGAACUCGGAGGGGAGCGCAUCCUGAAAAUGAGGGAAGGAGAUGAGCUCUGUGGCCAGGAAGAAGCCUUUAGGACCUGGGCCAAGAAAGUCUUCAAGGCAGCCUGUGAUGUGUUCUGCGUGGGGGACGAUGUCAACAUUGAGAAAGCCAACAACUCCCUCAUCAGUAAUGACCGAAGUUGGAAGAGAAACAAGUUCCGGCUGACCUAUGUGGCUGAAGCUCCAGAGCUCACACUAGGCCUAUACAGCAUCCACAAAAAACGAGUGUCGGCCGCCCGGCUCCUCAGCCGCCAGAACCUCCAGAGCCCAAACUCCAGUGUUCAGGAAUGCCAGCCAUUAUGGUCAUCGUGGCCUUGUUGUGCUUAUUUGUCUGAUACUGAAACAAGGCCUUCUCUGUCCAGCGCUCCCAGCUUCCACCUGCCCCGGGACCCCCAGGUGCCCUGUAUCCUGGUUGGCCCGGGCACAGGCAUCGCCCCUUUCCGGAGUUUCUGGCAGCAGCGGCUCUUCGAUAUCCAGCACAAAGGAAUGGCUCCAUGUCCCAUGAUCCUGGUCUUUGGAUGUCGGCAGUCCAAGAUUGACCACAUUUACAAAGAGGAAACCUUACAGGCCAAAAACAAAGGGGUCUUCAGAGAGCUGUACACAGCAUAUUCCCGAGAGCCAGACAAACCAAAGAAAUAUGUACAGGAUGCCUUACAGGAACAGCUGGCAGAAACUGUGUACAGAGCCCUGAAGGAAAAAGGGGGACACAUCUACGUUUGUGGGGAUGUCACGAUGGCGGCCGAUGUCCUGAAAGCCAUCCAGCGCAUCAUGAUGCAGCAGGGGAGGCUCUCGCCGGAGGAGGCUGGGGUUUUCAUUAGCAAACUGAGGGAUGACAACCGCUACCAUGAGGACAUAUUUGGGGUCACCCUGCGCACAUACGAAGUGACCAACCGCCUUAGAUCCGAGUCCAUUGCCUUCAUUGAAGAGAGCAAGAAGGACACUGAUGAGUAA